AUGAACAGACACGCCGGCAACCACUACGUUGCUGCCGCUCCGGCUCCCCGCUGCUAUUCAAACUACUCGGGCGGAGGCGGAUCCAGCGCCUUCAGUGCCUCAGCAAACCCCAACGAAGACUGGACCAAGAUCUCAGACUUGGCCGAACGCCGCCGGAUACAGAACCGUAUUGCUCAGCGCAACUACCGCAAAAAGCUCAAGAAGAGGCUUGAGGAUCUCGAGCGCAGGGCCGCCUCCAGCUCUGCUUCACCGGAGCAGAAGCCCGUCGACCUCCAGCGUCCCACCCGAUCCCCCCGCCCAGACUUUCCCUCGCCAGCCUCGUCCGAGUCGGAAUAUGGCCGCCGGACACCCGACAUCCACAGCCACUACGUUGCGCCGCCCGAGGAGCGUCCCAUGUUCUCGCAUCAGUAUACGCGCCAGCUCUCGACUUCCCCACCUCCCUUCUCGUAUUCGACGUAUCCAGCUCCCGACACGGCUGCAUACUCGGUUCCUUAUGCCGCAUCACAUGCCCCCUACCACUCGAUACCGACAACCACCACCACGCCCGAGAUGCAUGCCUACCCCCAGUAUCUCCCACCGCUCUCGUCGGCCUAUCCGACACCAUUGCCCAGCCUCGUGCAUCCCCACAAGAGCGAGUACUAUGACGAGAACGACAUCAGCCCUUUCGGCGUAGGCUAUGCGACCAUGGCUGGCAUGGAAAUUCCACCGCCUCAUCACUACUCCGAAGCCGAUCCUCAUCCUUCGGUGGCCGGCUCCCCGCCCGAAUCGGUGUAUCCGACAACCCCCAAUUCAAUGCCCCGGACGCCACCUCUGCACCAGGUUCAGCUCUGUUGA